AUGGUGUCCUUUUCUUUGCUGAGUCUGGCUUUCACCGGAUCUCUCGCUGCUGCAAAUACCAUGUCUCAGAGGUCUGGUGUGACCACCUCGUUGAAAACCACCCGAAAUCCGAAUGCCGCCGGAUGGAGCAAGCAUGCACGUUCGCUGGCCAGGUACGGCGGCGCUGUCCCAGAGAGCCUGGCGCAAUUGUUGCCUCGAGGUUGGCAUACCGGCUCCGUUGGGGGUACCUAUGAUGCCGCUAAUGGCGAGUGGAUUUCUACCGUCUUGAUUGGUACCCCGCCUCAGGAAUUAGAUUUAAUUCUUGACUCGGGCUCGUGGGAUCUUAUUGUCUACAGCACCCAAUCCGACCCAUCAGACCUCCCGGCAAACAUCACCCUCUAUAACCCAGACAAGAGUCUCUCCAGCCGCAAACUCGAAGGCUACUCAUUCGAUAUCAUCUAUGGGAAUGGUGAUACCGAAACCGAAGGCGACAUCGAGUGCAGCGGCGACGUGUUCCUGGACGUCGUGACCAUCGGCGGUGUAACUGCCCCAUCACAAGCCGUCGAGUCCAUCGUCAACUACACCUCUGGGUUCGCCACUCUAGCUGCCACAGGGAUCGUGGGCAUGGCUCUCAGCAAGAAUAACACCGUCAAACCCCUCAAGCAACAAACAUUUUUCAGCAGCAUCAAGCAUGAGCUCGAGAAGCCCCUUUUUGUGGCCGACUUGUACCUCAAGGCAGACUCGCAUUUGGAUUUCGGUUACCUCAAUAAGAGCUUGAUUGAGGGGCCUGUUACCUGGGCUGAUGUAGACACCGAUGACAGUCAACAGGGCUGGUGGUCGAUAACUAUUGAUGCAUACCAGGUUGGUUCUGAAAAGCCUGUUGAGGGCGAAUUCCAGACCAUCAUUGAUACUGGCACCACCAAUCUUCUCUUCCAAAACGAUAUCGUCGGCGCGUAUUAUGACCAGGUCCCUGGAUCGGUUAAUAGCACCGAAUUUGCCGCGUUCUUGAUCCCGUGUGAUUCCCAUCUACCCGAUUUCACGGUGACCAUCAGCGGCAGACCGUUCACCAUUCCGGGCAGUCUGCUCAACCUCGAGGCCAUCAACAGUACUACCUGUGUAGGGAACAUCCAGGUCGUUCCGGCAUCGACGAUUGGUGGAAUUGUCCAGCCUAAUGCCUGCCUGGGAGCGACGUUUAUGUUGCCGUAUCUGACUGCUUUUGAUCUGGGGUCGUUGCGGGUAGGAUUUGCGCAGAAGCGGUAUAUUGAGAAUGCCACUUUUGUGUAA